UAGGAAGCCGGGCGUGCGGCUCCGGGCUCGGUGCUCUCUGGCUCCGUGGCUGCCGCGGACCCUCUCCGUAGACAUGCCGUUCGUUGAACUGGACACGAACUUGCCCGCCAAUCGCGUGCCCGCAGGCCUAGAGAAGCGGCUCUGCGCGGCGGCCGCCGCCAUCCUGAGCAAACCUGAAGACCGCGUGAUCUGCACAGUGAGGCCUGGCCUGACCAUGAUGCUGGGUGGAUCCACAGAGCCUUGUGUCCAACUGAUCGUCUCCUCCAUCGGUGUGGUGGGUACAGCUGAGGAGAACCGCGGCCAUAGUGCCGGCUUCUUUGAGUUCCUCACCAAGGAGCUGGGCCUGGACCAGGACCGGAUAGUUAUCCGCUUUCACCCACUGGAUGCCUGGCAGAUUGGGAAGAAGGGGACAGUCAUGACAUUUUUGUGAUUGGCAACAAGGAUCCAUGGCAUCUGUGAGCUGACUAUCCCUUCCAGAGAGGCCUGAUGCUAGCAGCCCUUCCGUAGACAUAUCUGUGGCUUUACCUCAGUUUUACUCUUCACUAUCCUCACACCAAAUAAAGAAUAUCAUUAUUCAAACAU